UUAAAGUGUCGGUGUUCUGUCUAUAAGUACCUAACCGGUUUGCUUUCAUCUCACAUCUUAGUUCCCCUUGGAAGCUGUGUGUUUCAAUGGAGAAACCUGUUUGCUGUCUAUUCUUCUUGGCUCUGUUUUUUGCACUACUGGCUGGAAGCUCGACCAUGGCAGAGUCACAACAGGGGAGGGUUACAACCUCUACAACAGCCAAGCCAUGGCACAGACACAGGCAUUCAGGAUUUGCUGCAUCAGAAUGCCCGGAUGCCUGUUCUUUUAGAUGCUCGAAGACUGCAUUUCACAAGCCAUGCAUGUUCUACUGUCAGGAGUGUUGCUACAAGUGUAGAUGUGUACCACCAGGCACUUACGCCCACAAGGAGGUCUGCCCUUGCUACAACAGCUGGAAGACCAAGAGAGGGGGUCCUAAAUGCCCCUAGUGGUUCAGAACCAUAAGUUUGUAUGUCUCUAAGAGAGAACUUAUUAUCACUUGUCUAUGGUUCUAUCUAAAUGUUUUGAACCUGAGUCAUAUGGAAUAAGGUUCAGUUCCCA